CGCGGGGGGGGGGCGGCUCUGUGGCCGCCGGCUCGGCGCGGCUCCUGUCGCGAUCUGUCGCGAUUUGUCGCGCUCUGUCGCGCCCUGUCGCGCCGGCCCCGCGGCUCCAGGCCCGCCCAUGGAGGCCGCGCCGCGGUUGGUGCCCGGGGUGGCCCUGCCGGGGUCUCUUUCGCCGGCGCCUCCCCCCGCCGCCGCCACCAGCGGCGACCCGCCACCCUCAGGGCCACCCUCAGGGCCGCCCUCAGGGCCAGCAGCGGCGCCGCCGCAGCACGACAGCGGCGACGUCCUGCAGCAGAUCAUGGCCAUCACCGACCAGAGCUUGGAUGAGGCCCAGGCCAGGAAACAUGCCCUGAACUGCCACAGGAUGAAGCCAGCCCUCUUCAGCGUCCUCUGUGAAAUCAAGGAAAAAACAGCCCUGAGCGUGCGCGGCGCUGCCGAGGAGGAGCCCCCGGACGCGCAGCUGCUGCGCCUGGACAACAUGCUGCUGGCCGAGGGCGUGGCCGCCGCCGCGCCCCCCAAAGCCCCCCAAAAACCCGCGGAUUCACCCCAAAAAGCGGCGGAAGGAGCCGGGAAAGGCGCGGCGGCGGCGCCGGGGGGCUGCGGGCACGAGCUCGGCGCGGAGCACGCCGACUACCGCGCCAAGCUGGCGCAGAUCCGGCACAUCUUCCACGCCGAGCUGGACAAGUACGACCAGGUGAUCCCAGGGAGAAAAUUUGGGGUUUUUUUGGGGGGAUUUUGGGCGGUUUUGGGGUGGGAGGGGUGGAGGGGGAGUGGGGCUAAAAGGGAAAUUAAAGGGGAAAUUAGCCUCAUCCACGGCAAGUUCAGCUCCAUCCAGCUGCAGCUCAAGCAGAGCACCUGCGAGGCCCUCAUGGUCCUCCGCUCCCGCUUCCUCGACGCCAGGCGGAAGCGGCGCAAUUUCAGCCGGCAGGCCACGGAGGUGCUGAACGCGUAUUUCUACUCGCACCUGAGCAAUCCCUACCCCAGCGAGGAGGCCAAGGAGGAGCUGGCGCGCCAGGGCGGCAUCAGCGUCUCCCAGGUUUCCAACUGGUUCGGGAACAAGCGCAUCCGCUACAAGAAGAACAUGGGCAAGUUCCAGGAGGAGGCCAGCAUCUACACGGCCAGGGCUGGGGACGGCCACCACGGCCACCAGGGCCACCAGCAGGGCCACCAGGGCCACGGGGGACAGCAGGGACACGGGGGACACUCCCCCUCCUCGCCCAACUCCGCUUCCUCUGGGUCAUUUAAGAUGACGAAUUCUGGGGAUUCUUUCCUCAAUUUGCAGCCCUUGGUUUCCUACCAGAGCCCUCCCAGCGCGCAGCCCCAGCUGGAUUCCCUGCAGCACGUCCUGCAGCAGCCGGGGAGGUUCGAGCCCCUCGUGGGGAGCCCUUUGUUCUCCACGCAGCGCCUCGAGGCCAAUGGCAGCUGGCAGGACGCCGCCACCCCCUCGUCCAUCACCUCCCCCGCCGCCGACCCGGGCAGCGACGCCUCCAAUUAAAGAUUUCUUAAUUAAAAGGACCUUUUUGAGAGGAGAGAGGUCAAUUAACGUUAAUUAAUCACGGGCCGAUAGAAUGAUUGACUCGCAAUGAAUUAAUUACCUCAGAACAAGCCAAUAGAUUGUGAUGGCAGCGACACCUCUACCUCUCAGCGCCGACUCGGGAUUAUUUAUAACUUCAUUUUGCCUCAGAAAAUGCCAUUUUUUUUAAGGAAAAACUUGGAUUUUACACCAAGAACCUGAAGAAGAAGGAAAAAAAAAAGUCUUGGCGUUUGUCUCCAGUUUUGCAGCAGAAAAAAAUGGAUUUAUUUUCAUUUCUGUGCGGUUUUUUACGCUGGGAUUUCUGUUCUAGAUGAAUUAAACCCCCCCUAUUGUAAUUGGA